AUGGAAGGAUCAACAAACCAGUUCUCACAGAUGAGUGGUGAAGCAGCUGAAGUUGAUCCAGACACUGGAGGAGAUGAGGAGCAGCACAACAGCAGGUCGGACUUGAGGAUCGUUCUACUGGGAAAAACUGGAGCUGGGAAAAGCAGUUUGUGCAACACCAUAUUUAAAGAAGAUUUGUUCCAGAUAAGCCACACUGCAAACUCUGAAACAACAAAAUGCCAGAGCGAAACCAAAUCUGUUAAAAAAAGAAGAAUCACUUUGAUCGACACUCCUGGUUUCUUUGACCCAGACAGAUCUGAGGAGGAGCUGAAGUCUGAGAUAGUGAGCUGUAUCACAGAGUGCGCUCCUGGGCCUCAUGUUUUUCUCAUUGUGCUCAAAGUGGAGAAAUUCUCAGAGCAAGAGAACCAGGUUAUCGAUAAAAUAAAAGAGUGUUUUACUGAGGAAGCUUUCAAACAUGCUGUAGUUGUCUUCACUCAUGGUGAACAGCUUCCUGAAGGAAUGAAGAUUGAGGAAUUUGUCCGUCAGAAUAGGAAUCUGAAUGAUCUGGUGCAGAAGUGCGGUGGUCGCUGCCACGUGGUUGAUAAUAAAUACUGGAAGAACAAAUGUUGGAGGAAAUAUAGAAACAACAAGCGCCAGGUGACACAGCUACUCAACACAAUAAAAGCGAUGGUGGACAAAGGAGAAUACUACACCAAUGACAUGCUACGAGUGGUGGAGAGAAAAAUACAAGAAGUGGUGAAGUCCAUCAGACAGUUAUUCGCAAACAAACCAUGGAAAGAAAUCAGAGAGAAGGCAAAGAGAAUUAUCUCAAAUCUUCUCAAGAAAAUAGUUGGUGUUACCACAGGAGUGCUGUUAGGGGCUUUGCUUGGUGUGCCAGCGAUGGUUUUAGCUGUUGCCGAAGCCUUGAUGGAGAUGAAAACAAUACCAGUGGAAGCAGUAGUGGCAGUAGCAGUAGCUCCAGUAGCUGGAGUUGGAUUAGGUGUAGCUGCAGGAGUCGCUGCAGCAGCAGGAGCAGUAGUAGGAGGUCGUAUUGGAUAUGAUGAAGCUGAUCAAGCAGACUCAGUUGGAGAGGCAGCAGAGAACACAGCUACUGCUGUCAUUGACAAAUUACUGAAUAACAGGCCAAAGCAAAGCGAGGAGAAAUGA